GGGAGGGGCUUGAACGGGGUAUUCGGUGCGGUUUUAACAUUGAGUGUAGCAGAGGAUCAACUGCAGACUGGCUCCCCUUCCUCUCCUCUCAACCAAACUCCAGAGCUCUACUUUUAUCCCGUUAAAGAUCCACAGAGCACCAUCAUGGAGGACAUGGACUUUGAGCGGCGCCGGGAGCUGAGGAGGCAGAAGCGGGAGGAGAUGCGCCUGGAGGCUGAACGCAUGCUCAGGAACGAUGACGACGAGGAGGAGGCCGCCCGGGAGAGGAGGCGCAGGGCGCGUCAGGAGAGGCUGAGGAGCCGGGAGAGCGAGGAGCCCAGCAGCCAGCCGGACGGCGCCGUCAUGACCAAUAGCCACAGCGUGACAGAGUCCGUCUCAGUGAGCAGCCCCUACGGCGGCGGCGGGGACGACGAGGAGCAGGCCUUGCAGGAGCGCAUGGCCAAGCGCGAGGAGAGGCGGCAAAGGCGCAUGAAGGAGGCGUUGGAGAGGCAGAAGCAGCUGGAACCCGCCGGCGACGGCGUCGGCCUGGAGAAGAACAGCACAGAGGAGGAACGGCCCUCCUGGCGCAGCCGCCGUUACCGUGACACCGUGGAGGACGAGGAGAAGACUGAGAGCAGCAGCUCGAGGCGGGAGGAAAAAGAGCAGGAGGAACCUAGAGAGGAGGAAGAGGAGCCUGCUCCUGAGGGAGAGGAGGAUGAAGAGGAGGAGGAGGAGGAAAAAGUUGAAGUUGUGGAAACCAAACCAAGAAGGUCUAAUCUGAGAGAACAGACAACUGGUGGCAUUGGAUCUAUUUCGAGGUGCCAGAUUAAGGCAUCAGCAGAGGAGACUGUAAUGCAACACAAGGAUCACAUUGAAGACGAAACCCAUUCGGUAGUCAGUGAGAGUUCAAGUCAGGCCAAGUCGGCAAACUCCGAGGCUGAGGAGGAUUCAGUAGCAUCAGGGGAGGCUGAAGAGGUGAACGAGAGGGAAGAGUCUGAGGAGGAUCAGAGGAAGCAUAACGGAGGACUGCAUGACGAGGCGGCUCUCAAACAGCACAGGAAACCCGAGAGGACCCUCAGCCGCGGCAGCGUCCGUUCCCCAGAGGUGUCCGCCGGCGACGAGCAGGACGACGACGCCCGCCUGGAGGCAGAGCGCAAGCUGGAGGAACUGAAGCGCCGGCGCGAUGACGCAGAGAGCGAGGAGUUCGAGAGGAUGAGGCAGAAGCAGCAGGAGGCCGAAGCCGAGCUGGAGGAGUUGAAGAGGAAGCGGGAGGAGAGGAAGAAGGUGUUGGAGGAGGAGGAGAGGCAGCGGAAGCAGGAGGAGGCAGAACGGAAAGCCAGAGAGGAGGAGGAGAAGAGGAAGAUGAAAGAGGAGAUUGAAAGAAGACGGGCUGAGGCUGCGGAGAAGAGGCAGAAGGUGGACGACAUCGUGGACGGGGAGGGGAAACCGUUCAAGUGCGUCAGUCCUCGAGGCUCUUCUCUCAAGAUUGGAGAAAGAGCAGAAUUCCUGAACAAAUCAGCACAGAAAAGCUCUGUGAAGGCGUCUCAUUCUCCUGUGGUGUCCAAGAUAGACAACCGGCUGGAGCAGUACACCUCAGCUGCUCAGCGAGAGAACAAGGAGUCCAAAUCCCCUCGCUCCACUGUGUUGGAUCUUCCCAUGGUCACUGACGUACGAAACAUUAAGAGCAUGUGGGAGAAAGGCAAUGUGUUCAGCUCACCUGGAAGUGCUGGAAGCACUUUUAAGGAAGCAGCUGUUAUAAAGACGGGCGUGGCAGGCCGCAUCAACGACUGGCUGAAUAAAACCCUAGAGAGCGGCAAGACGUCAGGAGGGAAGCCAACAGACCUGAAACCCGUUGAUGUCACCAACAAGAGGAGUCUAUGGGAAAACAAAGGCGCCACUCCGACAAAGAUGGCAGGCAGAGGAGAGACCAAAUCAGUCGCCAACGGUAUGGGACACUAAUGUCUUAAAGGAGCCACUAAAGCUGGGGACCACGACAAUCCAAGAUUCUACCUUUUGAACAAUUUUUUCCUAAGAACCAAAUAACGACCAGAUCCCUACGAGGAACGACACCACACUGUAAUGAAACACCUCCUGCAUUUUUGCCAAGUUUAGUACUUUUUGCACAAUGGGUUAGGUUCUGAAAAUAACAGAGGAGGAGAAAAAGAAAAAAAAAAACGCUGUGAAAUUUGGACAUUUUUAGACCCGAAUGAGUUCCCAAUCAGCAUUUUAGAUUUUUAGAUUCCUCCACUUUUUAAGUUCCCCCGUUCCAAAUAGACGAGUGAAACCAGAUCUCUCCCUCUUACAGAUUACUUUCCAACUCUCCUUAAUCUUUUUUUUUUCUUUUUUAAUUUAUAUUUAAAGAGACGGCUUCACACAUCGCUAUUUUAUACUCAGCAGCCACCUGUUCAGGAUAGAAAUGUAAGCACUUCUAGAUUUUAGCAGAUUUCACUUGUAUUAAUUAUGUCUUAAUAAUAGCAGAGGAAAGGUCUGAGUAAUAUAAGUUAGCACAUGUGACGUUUUGAGUAUCAUUGUAUCAUGUAUAACAUCUCUAUGCUCAUAGAAGGUAUUUUUUGCUUCUUUUUUUUAUUUUCGAUGGAAAACUUCACCAACAGACGGUUAAUUGUGAAGGUGAAAGGAGUGCUGAAUAUUCAGAAGGCCAUUAUGACUUAUUAUUAUCCUUUAUGUCAUUUUAAUUUAAGUUUUAAUGUGGUUUAUCGUAUCUGGCUGUUGUUGUUUAGUUUUUUUUUAAAAGCUUUUGAGAUCAGUUUAUACAGCACUGGGAAAAGUGUUUGCCUCCUUACUGAUUUCUCCUGUUUUUUAUUAUUAUUGUUGUUGUCCCACUUAAAUUCCUCACAUCAAACACAAAUUUAAUAUCAGACAAAGAUAACUUAAAUAAAGGUACAAAAUGAAUUUUCCAGUGAUUUUAUUUUUUUAUUUAUUUUUUAAUUUGGGGGUAAAUAACUUUAUUCAAACCCAAUUGUCCCUGUGCAAAAAUGUUCCCAUUUUUAUUUCCUUAAUUUACAGUGAUUAAUCCAAUUUUUUUUUUAAUUCUGUUUAUACUGUCUGAAGUCUAGAAUCAGGAAAUCGCCUAAAAAGAACCUGUUUGACAACAUGAAGUAGGCUUAAAGAUGUCAAAAUAAAGCUUAAAAAACUGAUGAAAAGAAAUUCAGGACCAAUUGUGUUUGAAUACUCAUUACCAGUUACUACAGUGUGUCUGUUAGCUGGUUGGUGUGGAAAGCUUUUUCCCCUUAACACAUGAAAUUAUCUUUUGAAAACUAUUUUUAAAAAUGUACUCAGGUUAUCGUUGAUAUUAAAACAUUUAAGUGCGACAAAGAGAGUAAAAAAAUGGAGUAAGUCUCUAAGGGGGGAAAUCCAUCACCUCAGUGCUGUGAAAAAAAUAAAAAAUAAAACAAAAAAAUCUUCUUACAUUCCUGUUUGAAAUGCUCGUGGUGCCUUCGCUGCUUUGAAGCUGUGCUGUGUAUGGAAAAUGUGCAAAGAAGACCAAGUUUUGUAUUCUGUCUUUUACAGUAAUCUCUUCCACUCCUCUUCUGCUCGAGCAAUGUAACGAGUUAGCAGUUUAAGGAUAUUUACCACUAUGUAGAACCUCUCGCCUUACGAUUGCAACGAGAACGUUUCCGGCGCAAUAGAAGAUGAAAGAAUCGCAACAAAGAUUCUGUGAUUAUUUUUUUGAUUUUUCUCUCCGAACAUGUUGUUAUGUAGCUCAUAUCGUCAGCGUGGCACAAGCUUUGAUUAGUACAUGAACGGUUUGUCAGGGCAUUAAAUCGAUUAAUGUUACUGCUCAACAGUCUGACAAUCACAUUCCUUUGGCUCCUCCAAAAAGCAGGGAGCUUGACCAAAAUAUUUUAUAAAGAGUGAAUUAAUGUGACAUUUAUUUUUUUUUAAUACAGUGGUUUUAUUGUGCUGUAUUUUUUUUUUUUUUUUACAAUCUUGUGUCCUUUUUUGAUGUUUUUUAUGCUUUUCUUUUUCAGUUUUUAACCAGGCACUUGUUUGUGUAGCGCCAAGCCUAUGCAACACACACACAUCUGUACUUGUAUCUUAUUCUGUAUCUCGGUGUCAUGAACGUGGAUGGAUGUUUGUAACAUUGUACUGCAACUCAACUGCAACAAUAAAGACAUCGAGGUAUUCCA